AAAAUUAAUGAAAAAGACAAGGAACAACUAACAAACCAAGAAAAGAAGGAAGAAACACAAGGAAACACACAAAAACCUGAAGAAGAAAAAGAGGAAGAGGAAGAAAAAGAAGAAGAAGAAGAAUCAGUACUGAGUGAACCAGAGAUGACAGAACCUUGGAGAACAAUAUUAGAGCUUUCUCCUGACCAAAAGGGGCACAGAGAUGCACACAGCACAGACACCUACCUCUCCCUGCUCCUAGAAGAGGCAAUGUUCCUCUCCUACGCCCUCGGAUGCCUUGUUCUCACUCACGAAGGCACGGAAGAAAGCUAUAAGGGACGGAAGAGAGGCCUGGAUGAAUCUACCACUCACGAAAUGACUAUUGAUGAAAUGUGGCGGGCUUUCACUCAACAAGAUGCGCGAUUCCCGGUGAAGUAUGCAGCGUAUCAUCACUACCGCACGUUGGGCUGGGUGGUGAAGGACGGCCUGAAGUAUGGGGUGGAUUAUGUAUUGUACCCAGUUGGGCCAGCCUUCUACCACUCCCAGUAUGCAGUGAAGGUGUACAGUGUGUGGGCCGACACACUCACCCUGGACACCACUGUACCGGGCCAUGCCAUCUCCUGGACCACCACUGCCACCACCGAACGCCUCGCCAACCAUGUCAAUAAGACCCCAAUACUGUGCUUCGUGCUGCGUCCCCGGGCCCUCUCACAGCCUCGCCUUGGCCUCAUUGACUGCCUGAAGGAGCUGAAGGUGCAGGAGAUGGUGCUGACAAGGUGGUGCCCGAGUAAUGGUGCUGGGUGAGGUGGUGGUGGUGGUGUUAUAUAUUUUUUUCUUUCAUUCUCUCUCUCUCUCUUUUUUCUCUUUUUUCAUUAAUGGGUGGGUGGAUAGAUAAUGAGUGAGUUUGUCUCUCUCUCUCUCUCUCUCUCUCUCUCUCUCUCUCUCUCUCUCUCUCUCUCUCUCUCUCUC